UGCCGCCCUGCUUGCUUACACGCUCAGAGAGAGAGAGAGAGAGAGAGAGAGAGAGAGAGAGAGAGAGAGAGAGAGAGAGAGAGAGAGAGAGAGAGAGAGAGAGAGAGAGUACUUCACUUAUGGUGGAGGAGCUGACGGCAUGGGUUCACACACAUCGGUCAUCACUGAUGAUGUGCCGUCGACCGGACAGGCCAGUGGCACUGCCAGAGGUGGUGGUCGUCGUGGACGACGUCCGAGUGCGGCCGACGUGUUAAAGCAGGAGCCACGGGAAGGCCUUCGGACGACGGGCAGGCGUUGGGAGGUUAGGAGCGACAUCGAGCACGAGAGGGAGGCCGAGGAGGAGGAGGUGCCCCGUCAGGAUCGUCGCUACUCUCCCUCCCAUCAUCGGACCACGUCACCGCCCGAGGCACUUAGGCGUUCGGAGAGGUUGGCGUCGACAGCAGGGAGAGAGCGGACGCAUGACAGCGAGGACCGUGAGGGGGAGAGGACUCCUUUCGGCUCCGGUAUCCGCCCCCGCUCGCCGUCGGAGCUUCGUACAGACGACUUUGACGUUGAACACACAGGUGGGGGCUUGAGGGAUUUCAGCGAUCCGGGACAUCGACAUGCCUCACCGUCAGAGGUGCCUACCGUCCACUUCGAUUUGCAUGGCCGUGUUGAGACCGAGGAGGAGCAGGAUGCCCGCCUGGACCGAGAGGAGGAGGAGCGGCUGCAGACUUUGCCUGGAUGGGAGGGUCGGUUCGCGUACCUAGAGGAGCAGCGCCGACAGAGGGACUUGGAGACAGGAGGGUGGGGCGGCUUUGACGCCGACGACGGGGGUGUCCCUAGGGAGCCGAGCGACACAUCGGGUGACGAGGGACGGGAUGUCGCCGCGGGUGGACGAUCUCCCCAUUGUGGAGGCGGUGGCGACGGCGAGACCGCUUGUGAUGACGGAAAGGGUGCCGCCGUGUGUGGCGGGGGAGAGGGUGGACCCGGUGGAGAUGGGGAUACCGCAGUUGACAAGGGACAGGGUGACGCCGUGGGUGGUGGGGGAGACGAUGGACCCGACGGAGAUGACAACGACGAGCACGGUCGCGGGGACGAUGCGUAUAGGCUUGCAUUGGUCUUGAGGGACCCCGCAGUCGCCCCCCUGCGCCCUGACGACAGAGCGCACACUUUCUUCGACGCCGACACUUUGGCGCAGGCGCUAAUAGAAGACCCUUUCUCACAUACGGGCCGCAUGAGUGGCGACAGACGACCCGCUGAGAGGGUAUAUUCACUGUUGCCGUAUGUAGUGCAGAGCCCUCGAUGGUCUUGUUCGUCGCUUAGCGGCGUGAGAGGGAGGGAGUCCGGGGCGGUUGAGGUCGGGUCGGGCCGACGCAGUGACGGCGGCGGAUGUGCAGGAUCAAUGCCUCCACCACCCGCACGGGCCGCAGAGGCGGGCGUCGACGCCGACGACGAGACGCCGGCACCCAGGAUUGCGCACAGCAGCGCUUUCCCGCCACCAGUCCGAGGCGGUGUCGGCGGCGGAUGGUUAGCUCAUUGACGGGUCAGGGACCGCUUGAGGGCGGAUUAUGACGCCGGGAGGGGCGUCUUCGAGGGACGUUUGCCAGCUCAGAC